CCGCUUCGGCCAGUGGCCCCUUUGCCUCGCUUCAACUUCCUACUCUACUUCAACUCCUCAUGUGCGGGUAUCGCUAGGCUUUCACCAUUUACCUCGUCAUAAUGAAAGUCUGUAACAUGUCAAGGUCCAAUAAGGCCAGCAUCCUCCCCAUAGAUGACUCGAUCCAUGGUGCGACGCGUAACUCGGAUACUAUGACCAGCGCAGGAACCUGCUCAGGUCUUGGGCAGGACCUAACCGAUGAACACUUCGACUUCCUCGGGUCAACCAAGGAGAUGCGUGAUAUGAUCUAUGAUGUUUUGUUGAGGCCAGCACCGGACUUGUGCCGAGCGCCAUGGUGCCAAUCUUCACAACCAACAAGGCCCCCAGCUGUCCAUAUCAGCAACGCGCCCGUGUACAAUUGCCUCAUCGUCAAUAAACAGUUCACUCUCAAGUAUCGGGAACGUCUGUCAGAGCUCAUGACUCCGAAAGUCUCGUACUAUCCCUGCGCGGUGGUGGAGCUGCCGAUUCCUGCUUGUAUACGCUUAGGCGAAGCCGUGGAGUCGUGGCACAUCGGAAUACCUUGCGAAGUAUACAGGAGCAGAUGCCACACCUCAAGCGCUUGGACAUUCGACUGAUUGUACAGUUGCCCUAUCAUAAUGAUGGCUGGGACCAGGAGUGGCAGCAGGACCGCUUGGAUCCAGUUGAGGAAUGUUUCAUGGAAGCGGCGGCCACCAAGAUCGAGAUUGGCAGUACUGAUACCACACACGAAGAGCCGCGAGGAUGGAACUCUACCAUGUGGUGAGCUGGAGAUACUCCGGAGAAGAUGGACUUCGGACGAUGGAUGG